CCAAAAACCCAUUGAAACAAUGGUUUUGGUUAAUGAGUGUUUCGGUUAACGAGCAACCUGCUGGAACUGAUUGUGCUCGUUAACCGAGGGACCACUGUACAUUGUAUAAAAUUCUCGCAAAAAAUUUUCAAUUUAUUUGCAUUCACAGGAAGCAAACGAAAAAAUAAAAUAAUAAAUGUUUGAACAAAAAAAAAAUAUGAUUUCACUUCUCCAUUAAGUGAAAAAAACCCAGUAAACAUAAAAAAACAAUUAAAUUUCUCCAAUAAGUAUGAUUGUACAAUACACAGUAUCACAGUACAGGGUGUACUGUUUAUUGUAUCUGAAAUUAUAUCACAAAUUAAGUUGAAAGAAAUCUAUUUGUUUUCACAAAAGAACAAAAAAAAAUCAUAAAUGUUGGAACAUAAAUUUUUUUUUCAUAUUCUCCAUUAAGUGCAAAGAUAAAAUAGCAAACAGAGAGAGAUAGAAAAAAAUCACAGUUUAUACAUUAUCAAUUAUGACACUCAUGUCAAUGUCUCCAUAAUUUAACUAGAUUGCCCACAGCCAGAAGUGGAAUUAUGGCUGCACACUUGACAUAUGCCACUGGUCAACAACUUUAAUGCUUGCUCUAAGUACACUGUGCACAGAUUGGACUGAUUAUGUAUUGUACAUACUAGUGAAGGCCUUUAAAGCCUCCAAUAUAGCACCAUUCAGUUCUUGUGUACUGUCCUUAAGGUUUUGAUGAGGAGAUGCUGGGAGAAGAAAACCAAGUUCAGCUAGAAACACCCCCACAAAUUGUGCAACAACCUACAGAGCCAACAACUCAUGAUCUGUCCAUGUUCCUAGGCAUGUGUGACAAUGUCGAAGAUCAGAUGUCGUUGGUUGAGCCAAACUAUGAUGCCCGUGAGAUGAUGAUGGGUUUGCUUAAUAAAAUACGAGGUCACUACCAAGAAAAGUAUAACAAGAAAGUAAAUGACAGCAAACAAGAUCUGAUCACUCGUUACUUGAGCCACAAACAAGAAGAAAAUAAGCAAGUGAUUGAAGCAAUUGAACAUCUAGAGGUGGAAGAUGAAGGGGAAGAUCGUCACGGCCUAGCUAGCCUGCCAGAGAACUUGUAUCUUGAACGCUUUCAUC